AUGUCAACGAAAGCAACAACAACAACUACAACAACAACAAAAAGUAGCUCGGGUUCAAAUGAUGAGGAGACUGCGCAGCUGCGUCUGCAGUUGGAGCACUUGGCGCAGCUGUCGGAGCAGGACUUUGAAAGGGAAUGCAAGUGGAUGGCACAGGAGGGCAUCGGGAAGGUGCAGGCGCAGGUGCGCAUGGAUCUUAUUAAUAGCUUCAAUAGCACCUCGCUGGGUAAACUGCUGCGCAAGGCAUCGACAUCGGCCUCUGCUUCCGCCACUGCCUCUGCCGCGAGGCGGGAUCAUUGCCUCCUGCUCUCUCCCAUGACGCUGGCGCUGCACACGCUCGUCGCCGAGUUUCUCUACGUCCAGAAUUGUCAUUACACCUUGUCCGUCUUCUGCAGUGAGAUGCCACAUCGCCACACGUUGCCGGACUUUGAGAGUCGCACGGAUUUCCGAUUUAACCAGGAGGAACUGCAGCAGGUGAUCAAUGCAAUUCUGGGCGAGCAGAGUGAACUCCAAUUGCAAUUCAGACAGACAGUUGUGCGUGUCUAUGAUGAACAACAAGUGUCCCUGCUGGGCUUCUUCAAGGUGCUGGUGGAUCCAACGCUGGGCAGGAUCAUGGAUGCCACCACCAAUACCAAUGCCAACACCACCACCACAGUAACCACCACAACGCAUCGCACGGAGUCGACACAAACUCAGCCAGCGGCUUGUCUACAAAGCCGACCGGAUGUGGACACCAGCAAGUUGUUUCAGGCGGAGGAGCUCAUUGUCGCCGCCGAUGGACGCACUGUGUUCAUUGGACCACGCGUCUCUCAAUCCAUCAAUGGCGUGGAACACCAACUGGGACAACUGAUGCACCACAUGCGGCAUCUCUGCAAAUCCUGCGCUCCUCCCGUCGAGAUCAUCUCGCAAUCGGCAUUCGAGCAACUGCUCCAACAGGAGCUUCUCGAGCGGCAGCGUCUUCUGAGCGCCGGACAAACGGUGGAGCCGGGAAAACCCCUUGCAGCUGCCGGAGGAAAGCCAACAGGAGAAGCAAGUGGGCAGCAGCAGCAGCAGCAGGUGGAGGGGAAUACCGUGCAAUCACCAGCUGGUCCUAUCCAGCUGCCAACGGAGUCGGCGUCGGUGCCAAAGUUGCCGCAUCUGCAGGAGCAGGUGGCCAGUCUGGCAAUGGUGCAACAGGCGCUGACGCAGUUGCAGCAGCAGAUGCACCAGCCGCAGAAUUGCAUGUAUGUUACGCUGGAGAGGAUGGAGGCGGUGGGUGAACUGGCCGGCUGCAUACAAACGCUGAGCAAUGUCCUCAAUCUGGCGAUGGAGCAGUAUGCUGUGGGCAGACACAAGGGAUUCAAACUGGGCUAUCGCGAGGGUUUCUCCCAUGGACACUUUAUGGGCAUACAGGAGGGCAUGCAGUCCAUGGAGCAGGAGGAGCAACAAAAGCAGGAGAAGCGUCCUCCAAUCACCUGGAGAACCGUUGGCUGUCAAACCCCGCACACCCGUCAGCACAGGACGACCAGCAUGGAGCGUCAAUUCCAGGCUUGGAGGAAUGCCGCCAGUCAGACCACAGCUGGACAGGAUCCGGCUCCAAGCCGCAGCUAUGAGCAAUGGAUUUAUGAGAUGCUACACAGCAAAAGCGGUCAGAUCUUCCUGGAGCGGAGCUCGCUGAACAAGGCGCUGGAGCUGCAGAAGAAGCGUCUGGACGAGCUCUUCGAUGUCAAGCUGCGUCAUCAUGCGGAGCUGCUGCGUCUUAGCAAUAGACAGAGUUCCUGGCGCACCUUGUGCCGCCAUGUGGAACGCGACUCACAGUCCAUGGAGGCACGUGAUCUGGUGCACAAGAUCUUUCGCCUGCUGGAACACUAUGAGGCACAUCAUCAGCUGCUCGCCGAGAAGAUUCAGCAAACGGAGCAGGCUGCUCAGCACGCGGCGCACAUUGAGCCGGUGUGGAAGGAUGCAGGCGGAGCCACAGUCGGUUGCAAUGUCACACCCCGCCUGCUGCGUCUCCGAGUCACCACCCAGAGCCACAGAUGCAGCAGUCACAGCUUCAGCGACCACAACAACUCCUAUGCCAAGUCGUCCUUCGGGUCCCUUAUCAGCUGCUGCCCUACUGCGACUCUUGUUCCAGGUUAUCCUCCAUGUCACCUUCCGGGAGCUGGUGCUGCUCCUGCUACAGGUCAACUUCAGGGCACAGCUCCGUCGGAUGUUACUGGUCAUCUUUCGACUUUUGCUCCCAGUCAAUUUCAAGGUUCUGUUCCAACUACAGCUCCUCCUACGGCUCCAGUUCCAGAUCAUCUGGCAGUUUCUUUUCCGACUCCUGUUCCCGGUCAUUUAGAGGGUAAUUUGCCGGGCUCUCUUCCAGCUCCGGUUUCAGCUCACUUAGAGGGUAACCUGCAGCGUCGACUUGCGGAACCUUUUCCAGCUCCAGUUUCGGUUCCAGUCAUGGAUACUCUUGCAGCUCAUCUUCCGGCUGCUGUUGCUACUCCUGCAGUGGGCAUGCCCACAUUGUUUACCCAAUUCCUGCUGCCGCUGGCCGCAGCAACUGCUCCUUCAGUUGAUUCCCCGGGCAGACCGCUCAUGCUGAAUGCAGCGACCAAUACACAACUGCCGCCGAACCUUAUCCUGGCAGAUGCACGACCUCAACCCGCUCCCAGCUUUAACGAAGCGUUGCUCAGUGCCAAGAAUCGCAUGCUGCAGCUGGAGCAGGAAAGCGAUCUGCUGGAGCAGAGCUUUCUCGGCUAUUUGGAGCGUGCGCGUGCCCAGAAACAGAAGCUCAACAUCAGCGCACAGGAGCAUCAGCAUCAACAGUUCCAACGCACGCUGGACAGCUAUCGGGAGUGGCAAGAGACAUUGCCUCCAGUUCCGGUUCCGGUUCCAGUUCCAGCUGCCGUUACAGUUCCAGCUCCAGUUGUCUCUCCCAUCUACAGUGGCUCCGAGUUGGAGCCGGAAAGCUAUCAGUUCACAAAUGCAUACGCUGUGGCAAGACACAAGUUGCUCUCGGAGUUGCAUGCCACAACGCAGCCUGUGGCAAGUGCCGCGACGAUGAUUAGCAACACCAACAAGCUGCUGGUAGACCAGGUGCAGGAUGAGACUCAGGAGCUGCUGAGUCGCGUGGAGGCGACACUGGCGCGGGUUUCAAAGCCAGCGAGCUUGCAACUACUGGCGGCCGAGUCGCAGCUGCAACUAGAUCCCUUGAGCAGCGGCACACACACCUCGCUGGAGGAUGUGCACGCCUCCAGCGAGUCGCAAGUUGCAGCGUUCCAUGGCCAAGAUGCAGUUGCUCUUUGGCAAUCAGGCGGAGGAACAAGCGACAACCGGACUGAAGGCCAAGCGUCCUUGGAUCUGACGAGCAGCCUGAGUAACCAUCACAAUCCUCUCCAGCUGGUGAGCAAAUCAUCCUCUGGCACAGGAUCACAUGCCACCUCCAGUCCGGCAUUGUCGCCCAGCCAAGAGUUUUGGAAGCGCAUGAAUAUGUGAGAAGGAUUCUGCGAUCAUUUUGCUGAACAGGAUCACCGCAAAUGGAUGAUGAACUGCGUCCUGCGAUCCUGUCCAGCAAAUUGAUUGGACAACUCUUGACCAACUUCAGUUGCAUUUCGGACCCGUGAUGUCCCGUGAUGUCCCGCCCCGUCCCGUUCCGUCUAGCCAAUAAAGAUUGAUUAAACCCUCAAGUUACAUUCAUACA